AUGUCCGACAACGAUUCCGACGAUCAGCAGGUGGCCACUUGUGAUGAUGAUAACCAGGUGUCUUCCGGUUCAUCGAAUGUCAGUAUUCCAUCGGAUGCAGAUGAAUACGAUUAUUCCAAAAUAGAAGACGAAACUGAAAAAAUAACGGAUAACUCAUACGAUUAUGAGAGCCACAAGGAAGAAAAAAUCCAUUAUGUGAGAAAACAUUGA